AUGCGCUCCACACGAACCAGGACGCGGUCUGGAUGUCUGCCUUGUCGCAGCCGCCGCAGAAAAUGUGACGAAAGGCGCCCCACGUGUCGAAGCUGUGAGACGCGUGGUUAUAUUUGCCAGUGGGGCCUAAAGGCCUCCUUCCAUCCCUCUCGUAGCCUCCGGCUGUCGACUCCCGAUAGGGCGACCCUACUAGCUAUUGAGAGAGGGCGGCAAACCACGACCGACGAAACACGCGGCAAUCAUCUGAGUUCGCCCCUGGAGCCUUCCACGUCAAUCAUUAUAGACGAUACAGAGGAAGUAGUCAAGUGCUAUCAGGACUGUCAUGAUGCAUCUUCAUCAACCGAUUCAGAACCCGUCUUGGAUGAAGAGCCAACAUUAAAUGCGAUAGACACGACUCUGUGUCCUUCGGGCAACGUGCAUUUCCCACUUGGUCUGAUCUCACAUGACACUAUCCAGCCGGACACCACUCUCGACAGGACCCCUGAUAACGAGGCCGCCAAUGAAAGCUUCCUGCCAUCACCUCAGACAGGGACUGUAAGUGGGAUUCACGAGGUAGGCGGACUGUCAUACAAUGAUCAGGUAUCAGCGGUGCAGUUCGCAGUCAGUCCUGCCUCGUAUGUGUUACCAUUCUCGUUGGGGCAGGCUGUGUCCCGGAACGCGUCGCCAUUACCGGAGCCCUCGAAACCCGUGACAGACGUAGAGUGUGCUCGCUUGGUGUCGUUGUAUCUAAGUGAGACUGGAACUUGGUGCGAGACCACCGAUUCAGAGAGGCACUUUACCUCGAAAAGCAUUUACCAGAUGCUGGAUUCCAAGCCGUUCCUCGCAUCAGCUAUUGCCCUAGCGUCUCGGCAGCACGAUGCUGUCCAGGACCAGCGGCGAUCGGUGACUCUGGAGCUCUAUCAGUACACGAUUCAGCUCUUACUCCGUCAAGACCCAGAUAAAGCAGGCGCCCCGGUAUUGGCGACUUGCACUCUUCUUUGCGUCUAUGAGAUGAUGGCGUCAUGUGUAUGGGAAUGGCGGCGUCACUUAAAGGGUUGCGCCAGUCUGUUACACAAUCGGAAAUGGAACGGUUCAUGCAGUGGUAUCGUUAAGUCUAGUUUUUGGGCCUUUGCCCGAAUUGAUGUCUGGGCUGCAUAUAUUAGCGGCAAAACAACUCUCAUCCCUACCGACUCGUGGGUUGAUGAUAGUUCUAUCCCGUCAGUAGCUGCAAAAGGCAAUGUUGAUGACUAUUGCAAUCUCGCGAUACUUACUUUUGCUCAAAUUGUGAACCUGUUGGCAGACGCCAGGCUUUAUGAAAAGGAUGGCAGUCCUGUCUACUAUUCGGCUGUUGGAAAGCUGUGGGACGCACUGCAAGAGUGGCGACGCCUCCGGCCCAAAGAAGUUUGUCCUCUGCUUAGAGAAAGCUCGAGGGGCUCGAAUCCGUUUCCCACUGUGGUAUUAUCCUGGUCAUCUGCUAACUGUGGUAAUACUUUCUAUCAUGCCGGGUGUAUCUUACUUCUACAAACUGGCUGCCUCGGGGCGCGGGCUAAUGCGUUAGGCGUUGAACGGGAUCCUAUUUGGCAUGCUCGAGAACUAGGCGGAAUCUCCGCUUCCAAUAUAUCCCAUUCGAAUUGGGUAAAUCAACUACAACCACUCUACAUCGCCGGCACUGUCUUUGCGGACCGGAUGGGGAUCUGUUUCCGCGACGCACCAAGACAGACCCAGUGGGCCGGUGCCCCUUGGAGAGUGCCAGUGACCCAGCACGUACCUCUAAUGGAGAUGGAUGACAUAGAUGAGUAUAACUCAGAGAAAAUCGCGCUUCUGAGACAACUGGCUCGGAUUGAGCGUGAGACCGGUUGGAAAACCUCGGACCGGGCGUUGGACUUGAGGAGACUUUGGGGAUUUGGGUAA